GGUUGCUGUGCCGCAGCCGCUCCCCCCGCCCCAUCCCCGCCCCGUCGGGUCCUCGCCGCCGGGUCCAGGCCGCCCAGCAGCGGUGGGGUCGCAGCUCCGCCGCCGAGAAGCGGGAGCCGGCGCAGCGCUCGGUACCAGGCAAGGGUUCGUUUGGCUGCCCCAGAGCUCUGCCUGGCAGGAGGAAUGUCAGACGGAUUCUCUUUAUCCGAUGCCUUGGCCCCCGGCAGCAACCCGAACCCCUCUGCGCCCCCACCCCACGGCUGGCCCUCCUGGGGGAGCCAGCCUCCAGCUCCUGGGGCAUUCCCAGGCUAUGCUCCCCCCCCGGGGCCGUAUCCUGGAGCACCUGGAGCAUUCCCUGCAGCACCAGGAGCCUAUCCAGGAGGACCAGCAGGACAUGGACUGUAUCCAGGAGCACCCGGAGCGUUCCCUGGAGCACCAGCAGGACCAGGGCCAUAUCCUGCUCCAGGACAACCACCCAGUGGCCCUGGACUCGGGCCACAUCCUCCGCAGGGUGGACCAGCUGCUCCCAUGAAAGUGCCCUUCGAGAUGCCCCUGCAGGCAGGACUCAUCCCUCGGAUGCUGCUAACCAUCACAGGGACUGUCAGCCCCAACCCUAACAGGUUCUCCGUGGAUUUCAAGAGAGGGAAUGACAUUGCCUUCCACUUCAACCCCCGCUUCAAGGAGGACAGGAGGAAAGUCAUCGUCUGCAACUCCCUGUUCCAGGGUAACUGGGGCCAGGAGGAGAGGACAGCUCCCAGGUUCCCAUUUGAAGCUGGAAAACCCUUCAAGCUCCAGAUCCUUUGUGAGGUGGAUCACUUCAAGGUGGCAGUGGAUGAUGCUCACCUGCUGCAGUACAACUUCCGUGAGAAGAGGCUGAACGAGGUCACCAAGCUCUGCAUCGCUGGGGACGUCACCCUCACCAGCGUCAUGCCCACCAUGAUCUAAGGCUGCUGCUGGAGCUGCAGUGUAAGCUUUGUGCUCCUGCUCUGGCUGUAACAGAAGUGCCUUUUGACAUGACUCUCUUGCAGUAAUAAACCACACUUUCACAAGUGA